CCGGCCGGUGAUAACCGAGCAUCUCCGACGGGGAGGAGGACUGUUUUGUUUACUAACAGUCCUCCUCCCUGUCAGCUUGGGCACACUGCUCUGGAUGGCUGUGCACAGUCAGAGAGAUACAAAACGGCAUGUCUCCCUAGUAAAACACACAAAGUAAAAACACACACAGUACACUGUUACCCUUUGAUCGCUCCAGAUGUUAACCCCUUUCUGCCCAGUUUCAUUAGUACAGUGUCAGUGAUUUUUAUUAGCACUGAUCACUACUAAAGUCAUUGGUAUGUCAGUGGCAGUUAGUCAGUUCCCACUCAGUGUCAGAAUGCCCACCGCAGUCACGCAGUCCCGAUAUAAGUCGCUGA